AUGUCGUCACCAAGGAAAACUAGGGAAGAGUUGUUAGCAGACUUUGAGAACGACUUGGUCAAGUUCAUUUCCAUGACCAUUACUGUUGAAGGGCACGACGAACCGUUGGUCUUUUCAAGAGAUAUGGAGCCUAUGCCACAACGUCUUCAUUUCAUACUACCAGAGUAUUCGGUUUAUUACUUGACAAUUAGAUACAAGGUUAAGCAAAGGCCGUUGAAAAAGCUCACUUAUCAUCAAACUGUAAAGAAGGGUAUGAUCAAAGUAGAUACAAGGGAUUUGGAGAUGGUCGAGGACGCUGCUGUGAACGACCACCAGGAUGAUGGAGACUACCAUGAAGUUACAUUCCCCGCUGGUGGUGUACCCGGAGGAUCGUUUUUGAGAGGAUUGUAUCCGGCAAAAAGCACGAUUAAAGAAAAUGGAGAAAAGAUUUGGAGUUACAACUGGACAAUAGAGAUUUGCAAAAAGGCGCAGAAGCCACUGGUUGGUGGAUUUGACUAA